AUGCGAGGCCGCACCACCGCCCUCUGGGCAAUCAUCGCGGUCCUUUAUUUCGUCCUCGUCUUUGCCGCCCCAGCCAGCAAGACCCGCGGCCCGGUGUACGCCAACAGAGUGGAUACCAUCAUACCUAGUAUUGCCCUCGGUCGUGGCCGAGUGUAUGCAGAUGAUAAUCGAUUUGUCGUCCGUGGACUUCAACAAGGCUUCGCCAGGGACGUGGGAGCCGCCGGGGUAGAUAUCGGCACCGCCAUCUCCCGAAAUAUCAUCCGAGGCAGUAACCCAGCGGUCCCGGUUGCCGGCAAUGCCCGAAGCCCAGCCUGUCCAGCCUGCGCCGACGCCGACUUGCUCGACGGAGGAGGAUCCGGACGGCCUAGUAAUUUGGGGUCCGGCAGAGUGGGAAUCGACCCAGCGAGCGGCCAAGCUCCUCCAGUAAUCAUAAACCACGACGAGAUGUUUGGGGGAACCGUCAGUAUCACGGCCACGGAAGCCGAAGACGGCGCCGGCGGUCUCGCGGUGCAACAUAGCACCGAGUCGGGCGGCAUUCACAUCACGUGCAAAGGUAUCAGUGUCUGCAACCCCGUAACCAUCAUCAACGGGAAUGGAGGGAGGAGGUUCAAACUGUCCAAGCUGGAGAAGGCGGAGGAGAAGAGGAGGAAGAAGGAGGCGAAGGAAAAGGGUCGCUGGAGGUUUGGUUCUCGGUUUCCUUCUCGGUUUCGGUACCCGUGUCAGUGUCAACACAGCGAUGGGGACAUUAAUAAUGUUUAA